AUGGCGAACCGGGGCUACGACGUAGUUGUUGACGUGGACGCCGAGGGCGACCUCGGACAUACCGACUUGCAAGAGGACCUUGAAUUCCACCCGUCCAACUUCGAAAAUGACCAACGCGCCGCCAAAGCACAAGCCGAUUCCACCCCGUUCCUGGGCGGCAGCUCCUCACGCGGCGGCCGUGACCGAUCCCCUGGCGGCACGCCGACAAAGCAUACCUGGUGGUCGCUGCACUACUACGAGCGAUUCUUCGAUGUCGAUACGAACGAAGUGAUGCGCCGCUGCGUCGCAGUGGUUUACCCGCGAUCGAAUUUCUUAGACGUGCUAGAGGGCAACGCCGACCUGUACGGGCCUGUCUGGAUCGCGACUACCGUCGUGGUGAUUUUGUUCUUAACGGGCACCAUCUCGCAGUGGCUGUCGAAUAACGACGAUCAGCACUUCGAGUACGACUUCACUCUGUUGUCUGGGGCGGCGGGCUUGAUUUAUGGCUACACGGGUAUUUUGCCUAUUGCGUUGUGGGGGGCUCUGCGCUGGUUCGGGAGCUCGACGGCUGAUUUGAUCGAGUGUUGGGCUCUCUAUGGAUACUCGAACUUGAUCUGGAUUGCCGUGGCGCUUGUUAGCUGGAGCCCGUUGACUGCGCUUAACUGGGCGCUUGUCGGUGUUGGCUUUGCUUGGACCGUGUUCUUCCUACUGCGCAACCUCUAUCCGGUUCUGAAUGCUACGGAUGCUAAGGCUAGCAAGAUUCUCUUGAUCUUGGUUGUUGCGCUACAUGCGGGCCUGGCUAUUGCCAUUAAGAUCCUUUUCUUUGCGCACGGAAGCCCGGUCUCGAAGAAGAACAAGGGCAAGGAUAACGAUGAUGACAAGCGGCGGAUGAUGUUUUAA